AUGCUGCAGGAAGGAACCAAGGCGGUGGUGGUGCUGAGCGGGAAGGGAGGGGUGGGGAAGAGCUCAGUGGCUACAGGAAUCGCCAUCAGCCUCUCGGAGGAGGGGAAGAAGGUUGGGAUCCUCGACGUCGAUCUUUGCGGCCCCAGCGUCGCAAGGAUCCUGGGCCUGGAGGGAAAGGAGGUGAUGCAGUCGAGCGAAGGUUGGAUUCCUGUCCAGACUGACGGCGAGAAUCCUCUCUCUGUAAUGUCGGUAUCAUUCCUGCUGGCAAGCAGAGACAAUGCAGUAGUUUGGAGGGGUCCGAAGAAAAACGCCAUGAUCAAACAGUUCUUCACGGACGUGGUAUGGGGAAAGUUAGAUUACUUGAUCAUCGACACGCCCCCUGGGACUUCGGACGAGCAGCUGUCUUGCAUAGAGUACCUCAAGGAGACAAACUUUCUAAAUGGGGCCGUGUUGGUGACCACACCGCAGUCUGUGUCGCUCGUGGACGUGCGCAAGGAGAUCUCGUUCUGCAGGAAGCUCGAGGUCCCCAUUCUCGGCAUGGUGGAGAACAUGUCUGGCUUCCAGUGCCCUUGUUGUGGUGAAGUGACAGACAUCUUCUCCCGAGGAGGAGGCGAAAAGCUGGCGAUCGAGAUGGGCAUGAAGUUCCUUGGAAGAAUCCCCAUCGAACUGAAGUGGAGUGAAAUGGAGGACAGGGGCAAGAUGACUAUCCAGGGGGAGGAAAGGAAGGCGGUCAUGCUACCAUUCAAGCAGGUUAUACAUGGAAUAGCAAGCGCAUGA